AUUCUCAAAUUCCAUCCAUGAAAAUCAUCUUCACUUUACUCACCAAUGAAAAAAAAAACCAUACAAUUCAAAUCUCCAUAAAACCUGAAACGCCCACUUGCAACUCCUCCAUGUCUUCUUCUCCACCAUCACCAUCUUCAUUACAACCAUCUCAUGACCAAAGCCCACUUCAAAUCUCCAUAGAACCUGAAACCGCCACCUGCAACUCCUCCAUGUCUCCCUCUCCACCAUCACCAUCUUCAAACCCACUUCCCAAACUCUCCGACGAACCCAAACUACCCCGCCAUCAUCGUUCCAGAAAACACCCAGUUUACAGAGGAGUUCGCAUGAGGAGUUGGGGGAAAUGGGUAUCUGAAAUCCGUCAGCCCCGCAAGAAAUCCCGCAUAUGGCUCGGAACUUUCCCUACUCCCGAAAUGGCUGCUCGAGCUCACGACGUCGCUGCUCUCUGUAUCAAAGGUGAAUCCGCCAUUUUCAACUUUCCUCGCCUCGUUAAUCUAUUUCCCAGACCCGUCUCGUUAAUGCCGCGAGACAUCCAAGCUGCUGCUGCUCAAGCAGCUGCCAUGGCGGAAUUCAACACGCUGCCUUCUUCUUCUUCUUCUUCUUCUAAUGACUCGGAAUCGGAAGAACUGGAGGAGAUCGUUCAGUUGCCAAAUAUAGACGGGAGCUACGAGUUAGGAGAGUUGAUAAUGAUUGAGGAAGAGGAAAGGUGGGUGUAUCCUCCGUUGGAAGAUUUCUGUAGAGAGUUCAGUGGCGAGAUAAUGGCGGCGGAGAGAUUAAUCAGAAGCGACUUUUUUUGAGUAGCAGAUAUUAAAUUAAUUAAUUUCUAAUUAU